CAGGACCUAAAUUUAGCAAAGUGCCUGAGCCAACUGAAGUCGUUUUAAAAAGUGACGAUAUCGAGGCAAGAAAGGCGGCAGUCCGUGCGGGGCGGGGGCUGACACGAAACGCUGCUGGUCGUGUUACGUGCCGACGGUUCUCAUCGGUGUGGCGCCUGGCGGAACCGUCACGAUAAACCCUCCCAUCGAACCACUUGCCUCGGGACCCGCAGGGUUUGCUGGAGAGGCGGGGAGAGAUCAAUCCGGGACAAGUCGUCAAACGGCGUUUCGCGACUCAAGACCAAGAGGAGAACGUUUGUUUGCACGCCUGCCACAAAAGUGUCAAGAUACAGGUUUGCAGCUGACACAAUGGAGGACGAGCUGAUGUUCAGCAUGGACAACGAGGGCAGCGGCACCAGGCCUUCGGACAAGAAAAUCGCGCCCAAGCAGCGUGUAAACUCGCUCACUGAUGACAACGAUGCAGAGGAAGACGAGGCCUUCAUCUGUUCCAUUCUUGACGACCCAGUCCGAGAGGUCUGCCAGUACAUGCAGAACAUGGUCAACAACCGCCAGCUGUCGGACUCGCUACCUAAGAGCAACUUCUUGUACCGGAAUCAAACAGAGCAUGUGGCGGAAGGUUCGUACCAGGUUUUGUCUGAGAGUGCACGGGAGACGUGGAUAAACGCUGUCAAAAAGGCCAAAGCUAUGCCAGACCCCUGGGCCGAGUUUCACCUUGAAGAUAAAGAGACCGAAUCAUGCUUACGUUACAGGUAUAAUGCUGUCACAGGCGAGUGGGGCCAAGACCAGGUCCACAUCAAGAUGGCUGCACAGCCCUUUGGGAGAGGAGCCAUGAGGGAGUGCUUCAGAACGAAAAAGCUUUCAAGCUUCUCACAUAGCAGCAACUGGAAGUCGGCUUCCAACUAUGUGGCCAAGCGCUACAUGGAGACCGUGGACAGAAGCGUCUACUUCGAGGACGUCCGCUUACAGAUGGAGGCCAAACUCUGGGGUGAGGAGUUCAACCGCCACAGGCCUCCCAAACAGGUGGACAUCAUGCAGAUGUGCGUGUUGGAGAUGAACCAAAGGCCGGGCAAACCGCUCUUUCACCUAGAGCAUUACAUCGAGGGCAAGUACAUUAAGUACAACUCCAACUCGGGAUUUGUGCGGGACGACAACAUCAGACUGACGCCGCAGGCAUUCAGCCACUUCAGUUUUGAGCGUUCGGGCCAUCAACUGAUUGUGGUGGACAUCCAGGGCGUAGGUGAUCUUUACACCGACCCGCAGAUUCACACAGAUAGGGGAACUGAUUUUGGCGACGGGAAUCUGGGUGUACGAGGCAUGGCGCUUUUCUUCCACUCCCACUUGUGUAACAAGAUCUGCAAAAGCAUGGGUCUGACGCCUUUUGAUCUGUCCCCGGCCGAGAGGCAGCAGCUGGACUGCACCAACAAACUGUUGAAAUCAGCAAAGACUGUGCUGAGGGGCUGUGAGGAGCAGUGCGGUUCCCCCCGCGUCCGUACCAUGUCCGGCAGCCGGGUGCCGCCGCUGCUGUCCCGCCUGUCCGAGACGUCGUCGGUGGACGAGAGCAUGAGCGACGUGGACUCGGUGCCGUGCUCCCCUCUGGUGGCGCCUCAUGGCUUGGCGAGGUCUCCGGCUGGUUUAUCCUUUACUGGAAUGUAUGAACACGAAAGACUGGACAAUGCAGGGGAACACGGGGAGUCGGACAGUGGCGGGGACAGCGGCUACCCCAGCGAGAGGAGGAGUGAGGGGGACCCCAACGACCACGCAGAUGGGGCUCGCCACCGCUACCAAAGACAUUAUUCCGAGUCGGACGAAGACAGUGUCAGACGGCUAACAGAGGAGAAGUGGAGCUUCUUUCACUCAUCGCGGGCUCACGUGCACAGAUCAUCCUGCGUGGCCACCGAGGUUGAACGACUCGAUUCUCUUCUGCAAAAGCGCAUCGGUCAGUCCAUCCUGGGAAAGGUGCACCUAGCCAUGGUGCGCUACCACGAGGCCGGACGCUUUUGCGAGAAGGACGAGCAGUGGGACGAGGACUCGGCUAUGUUCCACUUGGAGCGAGCGGCACAAUGCGGCGAACUGGAGGCCAUCGUGGCCAUUGGACAGUGCUGCCUGCAGCUGCCCCACCAUAUCCUGCCCAACAUGGAGCUGGAGGAAAACGCAGGAAACAGGAUGAAGGGCUUUAAGUAUCUCCUGCUGGCUGCCGAAGCGGGCGACAGAUCUUCAAUGAUCACGGUGGCCCGAGCUUUCGAUACAGGUGUUAACCUGUCAGCAGACAGAAAACAGGACUGGGUGGAGGCGAUCCGCUGGUACGACAAGGCGUUAAAAAUGGACGAACACGACGAAGGCGGCGAGUUCGACGGCAUACAGGACGAGCCUCGCUACCUCCUGCUGGCCAGAGAGGCCGAGAUGUUCCUGGCGGGGGGCUACAACCUUGCCGCUGACCCGCAGAAAUCAGGUGACCUGUUUACCGAAGCAGCAGAAGCUGCCAUGGAGGCCAUGAAAGGGCGCUCGGCUAACCAGUACUACAUGAAAGCAGAGGAAGCAUGGGCGCUGAUGGAGGAGUAACCUCACGUUUACCACUAUAAAUAGCACUUCAAGUGUCUCUAGACGACUGGUGUUUACAUAUUUUUAUAUAUUUGACAGAGCUAACGGUGCUUUGCGUGUGUUUGCAUGUCCAAGCCUUCCAGCGUUUAAGCUGAAUUGAUUUUUCUGCACAAGAUUCUCUAUUUUUCGGGGAGUUACUUCUUCUAUUGGAGUUUGUCUUUUGUUCUUGUGGUCUGUGGAGCCAAAAAAAAUCAACUGUUUACCUAACAUUUCUUUUGGAAAAGUGUAUGCUUUGAAAAAAAGAUUACAAAAAGAAUCUGUGAAAAAUGGUUUGCUUUGAUUUUUAUGAGUAAAACCGUUUGUUGGUUAUUUUGUUUUAUAAAAUUUCUGUUACAUGAAAAGUAGGGAUGUGUACCCAUACAGAUUAUUUGACUUCUGAUCCGACUUUUUGUGAUGUUUUUCUGAAAGCCAUCCAUAUAUUUUUAAAUAGUCAAAAAAUACUGAAAAAAACCAAAUUAUAUAUAUAAUAUAAAAUGGAGCCAGUAUUAUGCGUGGUAUAUAAUUAUUUUAGUUUAUUGCAACAAAAUUUCUCUCCCAACCAGAUUAGGAAACUACAUUAAAUAAAAACUGGUAUAUAAAUCCCUAAUAGUUAAAAAUCAAUUGCCAUAACACACCUCAGUUUUACAAAAAAAAAAAUAUUUUAAAAAAAUAGUCAAAACAAUCUUCUCUCUACUACUACUUGGCCAGAUUUCCUCUUCUUCCUAGAAAGCAAACCAUCAGUUGAGAAUGAUUAAAAUAAGUGGAUAAAAUAAACUUUAUUGCUGCAAGCCACAAUGAUUUGAACACAACCUCUGAACAAGGAUCUGGAGGUGCAGACCCUUCCCUCAUUUAACCCUUGUUUGUUUCUCUCCUUCUUUAUGGACAUAAUUACCAUACAGUAGUUCCAUUACACAGUAGUUUCCAGUGGCAUAACAAAUGCGAACUGGGCCAGGGAACGUUGAGUAACAACGGGCUCCCCCUUCAAGACGAUCGUCAAAUGGGGGUACAGGGAUGCGGUGUUAAAGCCGUUUCAAACCCAUUCAUUGUGUAUGUGGGUGACCUUUCGGCGAAAGUGAGCGGCGGUGGUAGUUUUGGACAGAGCGGAAAGUCUUGAGUGAAUUUUCGCCAAGGAGCAAAGCCCAAAAUGGAAACUUGUUCUAUACUCA